AUGGCGUCAAAGCAACUGAGCCGAGAAGAGCUCGAUGAGAAGGCGAAGCAAGGAGAGACCGUCGUCCAAGGUGGCACCGGCGGCAAAAGCCUCGAAGCUCAAGAGCAUCUUGCUGAAGGAAGGAGCAAGGGAGGGCAGACGAGGAAGGAGCAGCUAGGGCAUGAAGGGUAUCAAGAGAUAGGAAGCAAAGGAGGAGAGACAAGGAAGGAGCAGCUAGGACACGAGGGUUAUCAGGAAAUGGGACAAAAAGGAGGAGAGGCGAGGAAGGAGCAGUUAGGGCAUGAGGGUUAUCAGGAGAUGGGACGUAAAGGAGGAGAAGCGAGGAAGGAGCAGUUAGGGCAUGAGGGUUAUCAGGAGAUGGGACGUAAAGGAGGACUCAGUACCAUGGACAAAUCUGGUGGAGAGCGUGCGGAGGAGGAAGGGAUUGAGAUCGACGAGUCCAAGUUCACCAACAAGGGGAAGUAGCUAUGAGCUACUAGAAGUGUCCGCUGCCAAUAAUCCGUAGUAGAUAAUAUGAAUAAGUAACCUCUUGGUGUUGUGGAUGGCAGCGAGUGUUUUAACUAGUGUUUGUUUUGACUUUUAGUUGGUUUAGUGUUUUAUCUCAUGUGUGAUAUAGCUAGGUACGGUUUGUACUAACGGCAGGGUUGUAUCGCUCAAAUGUUUGUGAGUUUUUUGUU